AUGACAACGAUGUUCAUCCAACUGCGCCGCGUGGUGUGCCUAUUGGUACUUCUGCAGUGCUGUGUGUGUGUGGCAUAUGCGGAAAGUGCAAGUGGAGCUGGGCGGGAAACCACAACCAGUGAGUUAACUCAAGUAGACGUGGAUCAGUUAAGUAAAACGGUGGCCAAAGCAUAUGAGUACAUUGCGCUUAUAUCUGCUUUUCUGUUUGUGUUAAAGGAGAAUAAGGGAUUGUGCGAGGAAAAAACCAGGCGUGCUGAAGCUGUUGCGGAGAAUAUCACGGCUAUUGUUAAAGAGAUCAAUGAAUCAAAAAUAGGAAAUUUGCAGUGGAAGCCAAAAGAAGAGUGGAUAGAGGAAAAGAAGAAAAAAAUGCAACAAAACAUGGAAGUUAUUAGCGAGGUGAAAGUGGCACUCGCAGAGUUGUCCCAAUUGGAAAAAUCUUAUAAGAGUGAACUUGAAGGCGUGUAUGUUGAUAAGGAGGAACUUGCCAAGGCUGGAGACCGUUUAUCGGAAGAACAGUCAAGCGAAAAGCCGGAAAGAAUGGAACUCGCACAGAACAUCAGUAAGAUAAUGGAAAUGUUAACUGUCCUCGAAAAACGAAUCAAUGCCCCGGAUGGUGAUCUCCAACCAUUUGCGACUGCCGCACUAUCAUUGAAUAACGCGAGUGAAGCAGUUGAGGCCCUCAAGCGGUCUUUGGGGGAAGACGCGGAGCGCGUAAUUGUUUCAAAAGGCAUCGAGAAUAAAGAAUUAAAGAGAAUCGCAGAGGAAAAAAGGGUCGUCGCCACUAAAAAACUGAAGGAAGCAAAAGCAAAAGAAUUACAGCGGCUCAGUGAGGGAGGGACGGUUGAAGAUCAAAGAGAGGGGAGUGGUGUAGAGCAACCGUCAGGGGAAACAGAAGAGAGACGGGUGGUUGGGGAGAAUGUGCGGGAGACACAAGAAGAAAGGGAUAGGAAAGACAGUAAAGAAGAGCAAGCGAAUGGGAUAAAUCACACAAAGGAAGAAAGGGACGUGGAUGGUGUGACGGAGAAGAAUGAAAACGGAAAGGAAAAAGAGACCGAAGAAAGUCAGAAAGAGAAGGUCACGGAAAACACAAAAGAGGAAAAGGCAAAAAAGCCCCAAGUGGAAGUGGCGCAAAGAAUAAAAGAACGACAGGAAGAAAAGGUCGAGGAGGAGUCAAAAAAACCCAGAGUAGAUGUGGUGCGAGCUAUAAAAGCAAUACAAGGUGCUGACGGCAGCCUCAGUCCUGCAUUGGUGCACGGUCCCUUAUUGUUGAUUCUUUUGUGUGUGUUGGGUUGCACACUCGUUUGCUGA